AUCGGCCGUCCCCGUUCUUCGGAUCCUUCCCCUCACUCCACCCUAAGCAAAAAAAAAAAAGUCCACGCGAACUGAGCUGAUUAGUAGUGCAACCGUCACAGACUCACAGGUUGUAUCACGUUCCUCUCCGUGUCGCUCGCCGCCGCCGCUGUCCUCGCUAUCGUCAUCGUUGUCCUCCGUCCGGUUCCUGCGUUGCGAUCGUCGAGGUCCUGCGUUGUUUGGUGUCCUGCUGAGUUGAGCCUGUGGGACUGUGCUACUAUACACGCACUGGGCGAGGUUCGGCUUUGUUGCUUGCUGAAACGAGAGAGAUUUUGAUUUGGAUCGCGGUUGGAGUUUUCACGUUUUGAAGUGUUUAUGCGCUGCUGUAAACGAAGGGAGCAAACAACCUUUUCGGGGUUUAUGAGGAGAGCUUAUAGAACGCAUUCGAUAUCCUUCCACGAGCAGUCGGUCGGCCCCUUCGGAAUCUGUCGAGUGUCGCAUUCCAUACGUCCGUCUUCGCGUUCGACUCGCUUUACCCAUCACGCAAACCGCCGAGCAAGGCAUCACCUGCCCUCGCGUUAGGGUCAUGUACAGCAGGACUAGACACAUACGAAAUUAUAGUGGCAUCCGCUUUAUAGUCUCGUUACAGAACGCCCGCGGACACGCCACUUUUUCACCAUGGUCAAGUUAGAUGUGCGGAGAGACUACUAUGCAGACUUGGGGCUUGCCCCCAAUGCAGAUCCGGAGGAUGUCAAGAGGCAGUUUCGAAAACUAGCUCUCAAAUACCACCCAGAUCGAAACCCAGGGAGGGAGGUGGAAUUCAACGCCAAGUUCCAGGCGAUCCAGUCUGCCCAUGAGAUUCUCAGCGACCCAGGCCAACGGUUAAAGUACGACACCGAGCGACUGCGCAACGGCUACUACGGACCUCCAAAGACGAGCUCUGCCCGCAGGGACCCGACUGCGGGGUUUCCCACCACGAAACCGAAUACAAAGGCACCCUUUGCUGAACGUCCCAAGUCCUUCCAUCAUGGGCCCUCGACUGGUGCCCAGCGCUAUGCGAGCUAUGCACGGGCAGCGCCGAAACAGCCUUGGGAGAAGAUGCGCGAUGAAACGCAGACUCGUGCGGAUGCUUAUCGGGGGUUCCAGGAGAUGAAGGGGAAUCCUAUGCCCGGAUGGUCUUCCUUUGAUCCCCGCGGACGCACGCCACAGCCGGGGGCUACGAGGCCGACGGGGACGACCCCGAAUGGCCAUUCCGCACGACCAAAAUCGGCCUACGAGUACGUCCAUACGGGCGCGAAACAACCGACCCCGGCCGAUACCGGCGCGCAGUGGCAGUCUACAAGGAAGAAGCAGGGUUUUGCGCCAAGGUCGGCAGGCGGCGAUGAGCCCAUGGCUGCAAACACGGCGUCGUACAGGAAUGCCUCGCGCUUUGAGCGGUUUACACCCGCACCCUCUCCGACCGCGCGGAAACCAGCCGCGGCAGCGACUGACUACCCCAACGGCACCGAACGAGUGAACACGCCCGAGUAUGAGAGGACCAGCAGCAAAUAUGCCUCGACGGGAGGCGAAAAGACGUUUUUCUCUAGCUCUAUGCUCGGACGGUCAGCUAGCACGCGGACUUCGCCAAAGACCUCGGAUUCCAGGCCGCGGACGAACCCCCCGAGUCCAACGCCGCAGGAGAGCGGACGGCAUCGGAGCGCGAGUCCGAAUCUGAAGGCGAACAGGGGACGGCACUAUGAUUCUACGAGCUCGAGCGAUGGCAGUGAGGAUGAGGUUAUGUAUAAGCCCAAGGCUGUGCCGAAGAGUAGGCUUCGGCAACAGCAAAAGUUUACAAACUUGAAUGGCACUAAUGGGUGGAAUGCUGGAGCUGCGCAUGAUUCUGAUUCUGCGAGCUCAGCGAGGAACAACUCCGACACUCCUGUAUUCUCCAAGAAGGCCGACUUUUCGUUUGCUGCAAAGACCUUUCCCCAGAAUGGGACUUUCAAGAGCAGCAGCCACGACGAUCUACGUAAAUCCAGCCGGAGAGAGCCAUUCGCCUACGCUGAGGAAGAACCUCAAGUUCCGAAUGAUCGUGGGCGACCGUCAACACGGGAUAGUCCGCCGCGGACAUCUACCAAGGGCAAGCCGUCUCACUCCGACCCGGCGGCACAGCAACAAAUGCCUUUCACGCCGGAAAACUUUUUGAAAAAUAAUUGGGCGGCAGCGUUCCAGUUCCAUGAUCUGUCAAAUGCACUGCCAGGGGGCGACAUUCCUCAGCGACAAGCUAACGCGCAGCGGACAAAGAGUCCUCGGAAGCCGAACAGACCAGGGGCGAAGGCCCGGCCUACACCGCAGCAAGCUAGUGUCGCCACGGAAGCAGAGGAUGCCGAAUCAACUGUCAAUGGUGACUACGACCAAGGACCAGCAGCGGACGCCGAAGCCAUGGACCUCGACGAUGAAUUGCCGGCCAGGGCUACCGGUCCUACCCCAGCGCCUGAGAGACCGCCCAGCAAACAAGAGAAGACAGCCCCACCAGCAGCGAAAGCCCGAACGACUUAUAAAUCUGGCAAAGACGUAAACACAUCCUUGAAUAUGAAAGGUCUAGGCGGCGUGUUCCCCUUUACAUCUACGAACAGCACCGGCCUAGAUGACCUGAAGGACAUCUCGUCGACACUACCCUUUGAAUCGCGAGCCAAGGCACCCAAGGCCACUGUGCGAGAAACCCACGCCCGCGAACUGAACUGCCCAAACCCACCCAAACGUCCCGAACCCCCCUUGCGGUCCCCCUCCAGCGCAGGCUCCAAACAACACGCGAUCACCCGCGUAGCCUGGGAAAGAUACCUCGUUGAGAUGAACGUCUACGUCCGCGAGUGGGACACCUUUAACGGCCGGAUGCUCAAUCACUUCGCCGCGCGGCACCGAAGCAACACCACGGAGAUGGCCCUCAACUGGAUCGGCGGCGUCGGUGACUCUCCCUAUUUAGGUGGGGACGAGGCGCCCUGGGACUCUGGCGACGAGAGCGACAUCAUCACAAACGGGAAUGCGCAUACCAAUGCCCCGCGACCUGCUCGGCGUGGGUACGCCUCCUACAUGAAGGCGAUGCGUCAGGAUAGAAGGGUGCGGGAGCACUGGGAAGUCGCGCAGGAGAGGCACAUGGAGUGUAUGGAGAAACUCGGCGAGAUGAGGGAGUGGGUGCGGGGUGGGGGGAAGAUUGUAUAAAGGCUUGCCUGUUUAUAGGCCUGAGUUUAACCACCUUUCUCCUCUGUUUUCUUCCUAACUAUCUGUUGUUGUGGUUUUGGUUUCAACUCGAUUGCAUUAGGCGGCGUACAUUUUUUUUUGUUAUAUCUACCGCGGAGCUUUACUAUACCUCGGGUUGCUUCUUUUUGGGUGUAUUAUAUUUCGGUUCCUGUUUAUUCAUGACCAUGCUAGCGAGUAUAUAGUACCAGUGGCUCAUAUCAGGCUCUAGAUAGAUUUACCAUUCACUCAGGCCUGGCUAGGCAUGUCUAUCAAUCUCGCCAUGAUAUAGGUCCAAGGGAAAUAAUUGAGGAUUGAGAGGACAUGGCUAUUUGAGAUGCUAGCUUCAUAUUCAUGUAUUUUGAAGAGCCUGUUCAAGAGGUCCCCUAAAGUUUCACUGGAACAGUUUAGGUAUAAGCAUAUUAUUGGCAUUUACUACUAAUCCGGAGUACACUAGUCUUGAUUAAGAGACUUGGGCCUUGAGGCUGAAGCCUUUUUCCCUGCAGCGUUUUGUCAGAGGCUCCAAUCCGAACUCUCGGAUUCCACUCUUCUGAGAUUCCUCGCUUCUCGGUCAGGCGUCAUAAGCAUUUGCAAUCCUGCCGAGACUGCAAAAGGUCGGCGGGCCGGAAUCAACACCCCUGUUCAAACAACCCGACAUAAGCUGAAGUCAUUCGCGGCAAGGUACCUGAUGGGUUCUAGCUUUGUGGACGACAAAGCGCACCUUGGGCCAGAAAGGCACUCGAAACCCGACGAAAAUCGUCGCUCACUCGAGUCCCGCAGGCAGAAACAAGAUCCACAAGCCUCAUCUCGAAUGGUUGCACGCAAACCCAAUCGUCCGGCGAUAUUACUACCGCGGCUUACGAUUGAUGAGCUGGUGGCCCCUCGCCUGGCCGAACAGGCGCUUAGCACUCAGACCACCGAGUCCUUUCACGGUUGGCUCAUGUACUACUUUCCCCGGAGUUACUCGUCUUUUUCCCAUCGUGUCGACACGAAUUGGAUGGACUUUCUCCGUGCGCUGCAACCAUCUGUCCGUUCGCAUGCGUUGAUGUGGGCUGUCCGAGCGCUGGUGAUGUUUCAGAUGGGGACAUUGCAGGGCAAUGCGAAUGCGAUAGAUUACGCGCGUAGCAUGUAUGGUCGGG